AUGUUUCAAGCAGGCUGGGAAGAUCGACAGAGGCAUCGCGAAGUGCACCCCACUGGUCGAGGCACUGGAGGUCGAGUUGAAGAGAUGGAAAGAGGACUUGCAGAAGGUGGAAGGUACCCCGCUGGGCAGUCGCUUGCGAUAGGCCUGCGCGACGCUGCCGCAGCAGACGAAGUGGUCUUGGAGCAGUUGGCGCCGUUGUACCAAGAGCUUUGCGAGCAACGCUACAUCAGGAAGCCCAAAGUAAAGGCUGCCGCACUUGGGAAGCAGCAGGAGACAGAAGAGCAGAAGUGGAAGCGGAAGUAUGGAAAGGAUGUGGACCGUUUCGUCUCACCCAGUGGCCACGAAGUUUUGGCCGGACGCUCCGCGAGUGCGAACGAACGCGUCUCCUUCGAGCUGACCUUCAAAGACGCCCUGUGGUUUCACACCGACAACGGCAUCCCAGGGUCGCACGUGACGAUCCGUGCACCUGCAGGAGAGGUCGAUGACGAGGACAUCGAGUUUGCCGCCUCCGUGGCCGCCUGGCACUCCCAGGCGCGCCAGAAGAUGUAUGUGCCGGUCAUGUACUGCCAGGGGCACCAGCUCCGAAAGCCCGCGAGGCGGCGCACUGGGCAAGUGCAGGUGACAGGCAACUACCAGCAGCUCGACGUGAGGCCGGCACUUCCAGACUCGUGA